UGACUUAUCCCAACAGAUACAUCUCUAGGAACCUAUAUUUCUCCUUGUUAAAGGAGGACAUGGGCAAUUGGAGGGUAAGACAUAAAUGUGUUUUUCUCUCUAGAACAUGGGUUGGCCACACUUCUUUCAAGGGACAGAUAGUAUUUUAAGCUUUUUGGACCAUAUGGUCUCUGUCACAAUGACUCAAAUCUGCUGUUGUAGCAUGAAAUCAGCAUUAUAUAAUCAGUACAUAGUGAAUGUAGGUGUGUUCCAAUAAAAUUUUAGUUAUACAAAUAGGUGUUAGCCUGAGUUGGAUGCACAGACCAUAGUUUGCUGACCCCUACUCUAAUGUAAACAUAUACAUGGGCACAUUCAAAAUCCUUGCAACAUCCCUCAGGGAUUAUUUUGUUGCUGUUGAAAGACAAAUUUUUGCAGAGAUGUAUUUUCUUCUUCCUCAGAAUGAAAAAUGCCAUUGCAGAAAAGCCUCGAUUAAAGAAUUUAAUUAUUCCUUGUAUUAUAAAAACAGGAAGAUAAUGAGCUCUUCCUCAUUUCAUGGAAACUCGGCCUCCUUCUUCAGAUGCAGUUCUCUAAAACAAACCUGGAGUUGAGAGAAUGAGCCAAAUUCCCACACUUCAAACGGCAGACCCAUCCUAAACUUAGCCAUUUCCUUGUCACUGCAAGGGAGAGAGUUUGAAGUGUGCAGGUCGUAGAAACAUACUCCUGCUAACAAAUAAAUAGGUAACUGCCUCCAAAUCUCACAUCACAGGCGAAAACUCCUCACGUGGUCAGAAUGUAUUCUGAAUCUGAAAAGGAAAGUGAAGAAAAUGGAGAUAAGAAAAAAUCUGGAUCAGGCCAGGCAUUGGCACUCCCUCCAUCAGAAUCUGGAAGUAAAAAUGAAGAUAAUGAAACCGAGGAGCAUGCUGGAUUGUUCCAGGCAUUGGUUCUACCUCCGACAGCUUCUCAGGAAACCCAGGCUUCCCAACCCAUUCAUAAGUUGAAGCUUUGUCCUCCUGAUCAUUUCCACAGACUAAAGACAAGAAGGGCAGAUGAGAUAUAUCCAGUGAUGGAGAAAGAGAACAGAACGCGCCUGGCCCUCAUCAUCCACAACAAAGAAUUUGAUUAUCUUUGUAACCGAUAUGGUUCUGAAGUUGACCUUUUGGGGAUGCAAGACCUGCUUGGAAACCUUGGAUACUCAGUGAUUGUAGAAGAGAAUCUUACAGCUUCGGAAAUGGAAGCAGUGCUAUGGCAGUUUGCUGCCCGCCAAGAGCACAAAUCCUCGGACAGUACAGUCUUGGUGUUCAUGUCACAUGGUGUCCUAGAGGGAAUCUGUGGGACAAAGCACACAGAACAAGAGCCAGACAUACUGCGUGAUGAUACAAUCUUCCAAAUUUUCAACAACCGUAACUGCCAGAGUCUAAGAGACAAACCCAAGGUUAUCAUCAUGCAGGCCUGCAGAGGCGGAGGUGAUGGGGUCGUUUGGGUGACUGACACGAAAAAAGCCCCUGCAUGUAGAUAUGACCCCACUUCUCAGUGUUACAUCUGGAGUGAUGCUGUUACAAAGACCCACGUGGAGAAGGAUUUCAUUGCUUUCAAAUCUUCAACUCCACAUAAUAGUUCUUGGAGAAUGAGCACAAACGGCUCUCUCUUCAUUUCCCAAAUUAUCUACAACUUCAAAGAAUAUUCUUGGUGUCAUCAUUUGGAAGAGAUUUUUCGAAAGGUUCAACGUUCGUUUGAGACACCACAGGUACUGGCCCAGAUGCCCACGAUUGAAAGAGUGUCCAUGACACGGUAUUUCUACCUCUUCCCUGGGAAUUAAAACUUAUAUGAAUCAUCUCAGGACAAAUGGAAGCAUUAUGGUUUCUAUGAAUCUACCACUUUAAAAGAUCAGUUUUUUGAUAGAGAAUAUUUUUAUACCAAACCUUCAACUGCCCACCCUUUACAAA